AUCGCGCAGCCUGUUUACUCGCAGGACGAUUCUGAAUCAAUUGAGUUUUAAUGUUGCUUGGGUGGUCAGUAGUUCGGCCUAUGGAGCGUUGUAGGCUCAAUUCAAAAACUGUUUUGUAUCUUGAGUGAACAGUCUGCACAGCACCCUGGCCACCCUACUGUGUGAAGUGAAUCACAAGUGUGUUGAUAAUUGUAAGGCCAUAGAUAUUCACCAUGCAGGCCCCUGUUAUAAAAAAGGAAAAGGAAGAUGAAGAUGAUGAAGUUGUCCAAGAGAUGCCAGUGUAUCUGUCUAAGGGGCUGCAGGAGAAGCUGUGGGUACUCCAGUAUCCAGUGCGGCCAGCCCACAUGACGUACGACCAUGCCCAUUUCCUGGAGGCCAAGCUGAAGCCGGAGCAGCACCAGCUGAAGCUGUCGCUGGAGAUCAACACGGCCAGCGCCAGCUACGAGACCAGCAAGGGCGAGCAGAUAGCCCUCAAUGUCGAUGGCACGCGACUGACGCGUGAUCAUAACGACCUCUUCUACGGCGGCUCCGUGAUGGACCGUCAGACGCUGUCCUCCACGCUGGUGACGCCGUGCUCGCGCCGCUACUGCCUGGGCGUGGUGUCGGACGGCGAGCUCCACCUGUCGCCCGUCGACGCCGUCGUGGCGCUGCGCCCCAGCUUCGACUACCUGGACCGCGGCGACAAGAAGGGCCGCCAGGAGGCGCGCGAACUCGGCGAAGAUGUGUCGGGUGACGAGGACGAGCCGGACGGGCCCAGCACGGAGCGUGUGACGGUCAAGUUUGCUCGGCCCGAGCCCGACCGCAUCAAGCAGGCUCGCGAGCGCUCCUACCAGUACCUCAAGCGCAAGCAGGACGAGCAGCCCUGGGUGCCCACCACUGUGCACAAGCGCUCCAGCGCCAGCAGUGAGACGGAGUGGCAAAAGCUGCUCUGCUCGCGGACGGACGACCUUUCCCUGGCGGCCACCAUGGACCAGGGCGAGUACAAGCAGCGCCUGCUCCCAGAGCCAUCUGUUGAAGACAUUACCAAGCGUGGUUUACAGAAUGAACAGCAGAUGUCGCUGCGCUCACUGCGCGGCCUGCCACUUGCCGAACAGAUUCGUGCGCUGAUGAUAAGGCUAAAGGUGUGCCAGUUCGGCUCGCUGCUGCCGCUGUUGCCGCGCGGCACGGCGCCCGGUGACGCGGUACGCGUGCUGCAGCAGACGGCCCAGCUGGUGCGGGGCCUCUGGGUGGUGCGCAGUGAUGUGCUCUACCCCAAGGGCGGCCAGACGCCCCGCACCGGCGUCCCCAAUGACCUGCUGGCCCGCGGACGUGACUACAUGCUGUACCAGUUUACGCAGCGGACGUUCGUGGGCCGUGCGGAGCUGGCUGAGCAGAUCCGCCUGCCGGCCGAGGACGUGCUGGACCUGCUGCAGCAGGUGGCAGAGCUGAUGCCAGGCCGCGGAUGGAGGAUGCGGCUGAAGCCGGACCCGCACCACGAGCGCAGCUUCCCGGACGUGGUGCAGCGCCAGCAGAUGCUCUGGGAGGCGAAGCACCAGCAGCUGAUGAAGGCGUUCCGGGAGAGUGGUCGGACCGAGGGCGCCGGGCCAGCCAAGCCGCGCCGCCGCCGCCAGCGCUCGCAGCGAGACUCCUUCAGCGCCUCGUCAGACAACGAGUCGAGCGGUGAGGCCGGCUCGCGCAAACAGAGGCGCAACUCGGGCGUGAAGGUGAAAACGGAGCCGGCCGAGGCCAAGAGCUAGCGGCGGCGCGG